AUGGCACUCCGUGCGCUCGGCGCCCUUGUGCUGAUCGGUCUGCCCCUGGCCGAUGGUUUGACCUUAUCGCACAGCCAGGAUGGUGACACCGCGACUUGGGAACUGGAAAUUGAGGGCGACGAGCUGCACGUGACGGCUGACUGCCCUGCCGACAGAUGGUGCAGCUUGGGAUUCAACAAGGACAAGCCCAUGAUGGACGGCACAGAUGUCUUCACCUUCGGUCACCAUCCGGGUCGCGAGCUGAAGGUCUGGCUACCGGCUCCACCGACCCAGCUGCAUGUUGCGCAGAGCCCCAAGAAAUCGGGCGGUGUGGUGGGCAUUGGAUUAAACUCGGUGCUCUUCGUGCACGAGCACCCAGGCGAGGGCAUGACGUGGGUGAUCGACAAUUGUGGUGGACACGGCGACACUUUUGGUCACUACCACUAUCACGCCCCUCCUCUUUGUCUGCUUCGCUCCCUAGGCGUGCCGGUCCCGAAGGGUGCCUGGUGGAAAUCGGGAGGCCCGGAGCAGUGGGCGUCUCAUGGCCCAGAAGUGCAGAUUGGCUGGGCCUUGGAUGGCGCGCCCAUCAUGGCUCCCUUCAAGGACGGCGUCCAGGUCAAGAAGGAGAUGCUGGACGAGUGCCACGGUGCCAUCGAUCCUGUCACCGGGGACUACAAGUACUACACAGUCUUGACUCCUCCUUUCAUGCCUCCUUGCCUGCGUGGAAAAGUUCUGGGUGAAGUGACAGGCUAUCGCAGCUCAAAGGGAGGAGUGCCUUGCGAAAAGUCUCAGCGCCUUAAUGAAGAGCCGUUGGUCUCGAAGCUUGAGCCGUCGGGUGGACGUUGGCUCAACGGCAUCGGCUGCCCCAGGCAUGCGAUUUUCGAGGACGUGAGGACAGGCCGCCCAAAAGGAUGGAAGCCCAAGAAUACGGCACCUGCCCGACCGGUGGCGCCUGCGGUGCUUGUGGAGCCUGUGGAGCCUGCGGCGCAUGUGGCGGUGCAUUCCCCUGCUAUUGUGGGGCCUGCGGAGCAUGUGGUGCUUGCGGAGCCUGCGGCACUACCGCUUGUGGGGCUUGUGGAGCAUGCGGCACUACAGCUUGCGGCGCUUGCGGAGCCUGCGGCACCACAGCUUGUGGGGCUUGCGGAGCAUGUGGGACUACAGCUUGUGGGGCUUGCGGAGCCUGCGGCACUACAGCUUGUGGCGCUUGCGGAGCAUGUGGCACUACAGCUUGCGGCGCUUGUGGAGCCUGCGGCACUACAGCUUGUGGGGCUUGCGGAGCAUGUGGCACUACAGCUUGCGGCGCUUGUGGAGCCUGCGGCACUACAGCUUGUGGCGCUUGUGGGGCUUGCGGAGCGUGCGGCACUACAGCCUGUGGCGCCUGCGGCGCUUGUGGAGCCUGCGGCACUACAGCUUGUGGGGCUUGCGGAGCAUGUGGCACUACAGCUUGCGGCGCUUGCGGAGCCUGCGGCACCACAGCUUGUGGCGCAUGUGGAGCUUGCGGAGCGUGCGGCACUACAGCCUGUGGUGCCUGCGGCGCUUGUGGGGCAUGCGGCACUACAGCUUGUGGAGCAUGCGGCACUACUGCUUGUGGUGCGUGCGGCGCAUGUGGUACUGCACGCCGCUUGUCAGGGGCUUGCGGAGCGUGCGGCACAGCCUGUGUUCUGCGCCAUGAAUCUGACCGUGAUGAACGGCGCCACCCCUGUCAGCAUCUCUCAGUGCAACCUGCCCGGAAAAACCAUCGUCAUCGACUCACAGCAGGAUUUGACCGAGGUUGAAUACGACAUCUCUGGUGGCCGCAUGAAGGUUGAGUUCCACCGCAAGCUAAACACCGGAGAUUGCACGGACUUGGUGCUCACUGCAGACACGCCACUUUACAUUAUUAUGGCUAUGGGCACCAAGGGCAACAUGAACGUCGUAGGACACGGUUAUUCAGACACCCACAAUGUCGUGUGCAUGGGCUCGAUGAUGAACACGAUCGAGUGCAAGCCCCCGAGUGAGUUUGACAACGUUCCUCCCUCCCUGCCAGCGACCACCUCAAUGGCGCCGGUUGUGUCGGGAUUCGCAGGUCUCUCCUGGGCCUUGUUCCUGCUGCAGUAG